CCACUGGCGCUCUUGUCACCGGCGGAGAAAGCGGCUGCGACUCGCCGCCGUGGUGAAUGGUAACCGGCGGGACGGGAGAGCUGGAGCUGUAAAUAUAACUGGCUGUCGGUCAGCGCGUGUGGUGUGAAGACCGACGGUCGGGGGGUCACUCUGGCAUCGCGGGGCUCCAGCUCCGCUCCUGUGGCGAAACCUGCGUUUGUCGGCGGCGGCGGCGGCCCGGGUGGGGAGAUGCCUCCCCCUGGGGCAGCGCAAUUAGCAGCGGGCGCCCGCUCCCUCCCUCCCUCCUGCUGGGGGUUAUUCCAGUCUGCAGGGUCAAUGCAGGCUGUGUCAGGCCUGCCACUCAAUGCGCUGGUCUCAGCAGCGCCCCGGUUGCAGCCCUCGCUCCCCCUACAGUGCGCACUGUCGGGCAGUGGCUGCGCCGACCUUGUCCCUCAGCCCCGGAAGUGAUCGCGGUGUCGGUGAGACCGAGCUGCGGAGGCGCCGCGGGGACCGGACAAGCGCCGCGUGUUGCCGGUGGGGUGACAGGUGCAGCCGCCAUCUCAUCGUCCGACACACCGUUUGCCUGUCGCCCGCUAUCCUUCCGCCGGCUGCUUCCCAUGAAUCCGGCUCUGAUGUCCCCUCGGGGCUGAUCGUACCCCCGAGGCGGUGGUUCUGACAGCCGUGUGUCUGGUUCGGAGCCUCGUCAUGUCCUCUACUACCCGGGCCGGCCGCCCUCACACUCGGUGGUCUGCUCGGGAGCCCAUGGGGGAGGGGUGUAUCCGCUGCGCGGUGCGAUCACGUCGCGAAAAGGCGAUUUCUUUGUCAGACUCGGCCCCAAACGCCCAGCCCCUUCUUUCCCAGUGUUAGAGAGGCCCGCUGGCUACUCGGAAGUUAGUUUCGGGAGUUGGUUACGUUGCACAGUAAUUGCUGGAGCUUUAAGUCUUCAGUUAGACAUCCUGGAAACGAUGCAGAGCGAAAUCUUAUUGGAACUUUGUUUUCCGACCUGUAUCUAGGUCAAGGUGGCCGCCGAAUGUGAAAUAAUUGAUUCUAAAACGGUGCCCCUUCUCUUUCACACGGUAAUUGUGAGGCAUUGGAGUGGAUGCAGCUUGUCGAAGCUCCGUUCAGGCGGCAGCUCCUGGUGGGAUCGAGUGCCUUCAUUUCAAUUACCAAUUGUGCAAUUAAUCGCCAUUGUAGACUAUACAGCAAGCAUUUAUCAAGAUUUUGUAUUUUGGGGAUUGCUGGCGAAGCUUUCAGGGAAUUAAAUUUCUUGUUAAAUUCGACAAUUUUAUUUGUGGAGUACAUGUGUAACAAUAUUAGUCGAAAAGUCCGCGAGUUAUUUCAAGAGCAAAUUAACCAGAGCGCCUUUUUAAACUAGUGAAUAUUAUAUUUUGCUUCUGUCCUCUUUCUUCAGGGCUCGCGAUUUGCUCUGCUGCAUUCGGAACGAAAAUGUAACUAGGCCAGAGGUUAUAUAAUGCCUUCCUUAUUUCAUUACAUGCAGAUGUUGUUAAAUCAGUAUAGGUGAGGAUUUAUACACCAAUGACCGUGUUUAAUGCCGUUUCGUUGUAAUGUUUUCUAGUGAGACUGACUCGUACUGGCAGACUAUUAGAUAUCUCGCCAUUCAAUUGACCGACCCUUGCCAAGAUGCCAAGAAAAGAUUUGACCCUAGCUGAAAAAAUUACCGUACUGGACCAAAUUAAAAGCCAUCCACCUAACACCACCCAUCGUCAGCUCGCAGUGAUAACUGGAGUGCCAAAAUCUACAAUUGCACGCUUAAUACAACAGCAAGAUAAACUGCGAGAAGAAUGGGCAUUAUGUGAGGGACAGCAGGGAACAUCCCAAAAACGAAAGCGUGAAGGUAAGAAUCCAGAUGUUGAAAAGGCCCUCAAUCAGUGGUUUUCCGUUGUAACCGGACGAGGUGUGAGAGUCAGUGGACCAAUGUUAAAAAGCAAGUCAGAGGAGUUGGCUAAGAAGCUGGGUCACAGAGAUUUUAAAGCAACAGAUGGUUGGUUGUCCCGAUGGAAAUGUAGGCAUCACAUUCAAUUCAAGAAAAUACACGGAGAGAAAGGUGGUUCUGAUGCUGUAAGUGCAGAGGCAUGGAAAUCUACAAAACUACCAGACUUGCUUCAAAAAUUUUGUGCCGAUGAUAUCUACAAUGCUGAUGAAACUGGCCUUUUUUAUCGUGCCAUACUAUCGGGUACAAAGAAGGCAAUAGAUCGCAUAACUGUCUUGUGUUGUUCAAAUAUGUCAGGGACCGAUAAAAAGAAAUUGUUGGUUAUUGGAAAAAGCGUGAAGCCUCGGUGCUUUAAGGGACUAAGAAUGAAUAGUUUACCAAUCGAAUACUAUGCUAAUAAGAAUGCCUGGAUGACUUCUGACAUUUUUAAGAAUUGGCUGAUGAGUUGGGAUAUGGAGCUACAGCGGAAAUCAAGAAAAGUUCUUCUCCUUGUUGAUAAUUGUGCAGCGUACCCCAACGUAGAAUGUUUGAGAAACAUUCAGCUGGAAUUUCUGCCUGCCAGUAGAACGUACUUGGUACAGCCAAUGGACAUGGGGAUCAUAAAAAAAUUAAAGACACUGUAUCGCAGAAAGUUGGUGAACCACAUUCUCGAAGCAAUUGAAGAAAAUCUACUGACAUCUUCUGCAACAGCCAAGGAAGUCUGUGCAAGGGUUAAUCUUUUAGAUGCAAUACAGUUUGUCACUGAUAGUUGGCGAGAAAUAAGCAGUAAGACCAUUCAGAACUGUUUUGCUCUUUGCGGUUUCAAACAUUCAGGCUUCGAGAUGACAGAAGCUGCCGGGAGUGAAAAUGAAACGAUUUCGGUACUUGAGCAAGUUGGAAACUGCGAAGAAUUUCAAGGUAUUAACAAUCAUCUUGAAUGUUACAAUGAAAAUGAAGAUUUGGAGGAUGCAAUUGUUGAAAGCAUUGUAUCAAUACACCAAGGUGGGAAAUAUGAAAAUGAGGACAGUGAUCAAGAUGACGCAUCGGAACCUGAGCUAGUGACUACACAGGAUGCCAGGAAAUUCAUUGUCGGAUUACAACGCUAUUUCAUGCAGGAAGGCAAUGAAGGCAGUCCACUAUCUGCACUAAGUGUUUGUGCUGAUUUUGUUCAUUUACAGUCAAUCAGAAGAAAACGGUUGCGUGCACUGGACGAAUUCCUCCGUCGAUAACUCUUGGGA